AAGACACCGGCGGCGGCGACCCUGAAUGAGGUCGCAUGAAUUUGUCUCCAAGCUAAUAACGAAUUGGGAUCCUGCUUUUAAGAGUCAGGAAGCAAGGUGACAGCCAAAUCCUGGGAACGGUUGGUGGGGAAGAUGGAUAUUUUAGGGCUGGGAUUCGGAUGGAACGGCCCCUUCCCUCCAAGGAGAUUCCGCUGCCCAAGAGCGAAGGGUAGUAGCUCCUUGGAUUCCGAUGCCCCCACCUCCAAGAAUGGCGGGACGGGAUGGAGCUUGCGCUUUCCUCUGGGCCCUUCCGCCACCUCCUCCUCCCUCGCCCUCACCGGCGACACCAUUGCCCAGUUCAUCGAACGCUCGAAGAUCAAGAGGCGCGAGCCGCUAACGCAUGAGAGGAAUCCGAACAAGGAUUUCAAGUUGGACUUGCUCUGCGAUCAUGAUUGGCUUCGGGCACUUCGGAUGGCCUCGUAUGGUUUCCUUCUAUAUGGUCCUGGAUCGUAUGCUUGGUAUCAGCUUCUUGAUCGUUACAUGCCUAAGCAGACGUUGGUGACCUUGUCCGCAAAGGUUGUUUUGAAUCAAAUAAUUCUUGGUCCAAGUGUCAUUGCUGUUGUUUUUGCAUGGAAUAGUCUGUGGCUGGGGAAGCUUUCAGAACUCCCCAUAAAGUAUCAGAAAGAUGCCCUUCCUACACUGCUCAAUGGUUUUAAGUUCUGGAUUCCAGCCAGCAUACUGAAUUUCGGGAAAAGGCCGUCCUCUUCCUGGGAUCUCAGGAGCUGCCUGGAGGAACGUGUGUGCACGCAUUCCAUGGAGUUGUGCCUCUCCAGGCCCGGGUAGCCUUUAUGUCCGCCUGCUCCAUAUUCUGGAAUUUCUAUCUUUCAACCACCAUGAGUAAGCAGACAUAAGCAAGUUGGUGAAGCAGUUGGAUUGGAGACCGCAGCAAUAUCUAAUAAGGAAAGAAAAUGGUCUUUACUUAGACUUGGGCAGCGUCUCACCUACCCUUUAUUUCAGAAUCAAAUUCAUCAACCACCGUGGUUAACACAUCAACCUCCUCAUCCCGGCGUCGAUGAUGCUGAAAGAGUAAUCACAACGGCAGAAAAGUAAAGCAGAAUCGCAGGUUGGGACCAUCUCUGAACUCCUGAUACCUCUGCACUUUCGCAUGCGUCAGUGGGUACUCCGGAGGAUUUGCUCUUAUGCACAUGCAUGUUGAAGAAACAGGCAGCAAGAAGAUAGAAAUCUCCAAUUGUCUCAUAAACAAUACGGCUAGGAAGUGGCGUAUGGAUUUAUGAUGAUACUUUUUUUAUUAAAUAAGUUCCAUCCAUCAAUGAGCUCCCCUCCUCCAGGUAAGGGGAAAUAGCUCAGUUCCUUCA